CCCCACCUCCCCCCACCACCACCAACGGGAGGAGUGGCCGCGCAGCGCCGGGGCUCCGCGGGGAGUUCCUCGGAGUCCCCGAGUCUCAAUCGAGUGGCACGCACCGCGCAGCCCUCGCGACCGCUGCGGCCGUCACAUUGUGGACGCGCGUGCAGUAGCAGCAGUGGCUCGGUCGUUGCGCCCCGUGGGAUGGUGAGCUAGCGGGCUAGUGGCGAGGCGGUGGGGCUGUAGUAGCAUGCGAAUGCAUUGGAGGCCUUUGCCUGUGACUUAGCUGCCUCUCUCACCCACCACUACAUUUGGCUCUUCGAUUUUUGUUAAGGGAAGGAAAGAACCUCAAGCUCCCCCACCUCCCGACCUCCCCCUCUCCAUUGGUCUCGGUGCAGUACGGCAGCAGACGGGGUCCACCAGCCCACACCCACAGCCCUCUCAACUCCCUUGGUCGUGCGUGCGCAGGUUGCGAGGGCUGCUGGUGCCAACCCGCCGCUGCUGAAGCGCACUGCUCCCCGCUACGCUUGGAGCCUUUGCGGGAGAGCGGUGAGCGGCACCGGCGUGAGCGUCCGCCCGUGACGCCCGCCCGUCGUCGCGAUAACGGCCGACCCGCGAGCAGGUGGCAGCGGGCGCUGGAUUGGGUUUGCAGAGCCAUGGGGGAGACGUGGGAGACCGGCUUGGGGGUGUCGGUUGUGCUGGCAACGGUGGUGCAGCGAUCGUGGCGUGGGAGCUCUUCCUGCGCCUCUCCUCGUUCCUGCGGCGACGUGAUGAGGUGGACCCGGCGCCGCAGGUGCGCAGCCUCUACGACUACGUGCGGGGCAACUACGUGGAGCCGCGCAGCUGCCGCCUGCUCUGCGAUUGGGACGACCCCCACCCCGUGGGCCACACCAUGACCUUCAGCCUGCAGCUCUUCUACAAGAACGGGCAGCCGUGCCCACUGCACCAGGUGGCGAUGCCCAGCUUGUCUGUGCGCCACUGCGACCUGGCAUGAACGUGCCGCUGGCGCAAGACGUAUCGGCCGCCUCUUUCCUCUCGCCCGCUCACGAAGCCGACACGGCAUCCGAGGAGGUGGAGCGGGAGGGGGAGGAGGAGGGGGAGGAGACUGCGGCGGCGCCGGCGGUGGAGUAUGAAGCGCAGGAAGUGACGUCGGGCAACACGUUGAGGGCGGCGUUCACGGUGCGGAGGGCUGGGCGCUACCAGAUCUCGGCGACAGUCGCGGGGAAGCACGUCCACGGAAGCCCCGCGUUGCGAUGCUUCUCGCCGGGCCCCGCGGUGCCCUCCAAGACGCGUGUGCUGCACCACCUCUCCACGCUGGUGCUGCGCCAGGGCGAGCUGCACACGCUCACGGUCACGCCGCACGACGAGUUCGGCAACCGCACGGCGGUGGGGCUCCAAGAGGAGGACGCGUACAGCCUCUCUCUCACAGCGCUGGGGGCGGGGGAGAACGAGGUGUACCCGGGCGGUGUGUGCUACUCGUAUGAGUUGCACGCGUCACCUGCACUCUGCCAGCUGUCGCUGCGUGUUGAGGUGCAGCACGUGGGCUGCUUCCGCGCCCGCAUCGCCCACCGCGGGGGCCAGCCGCUUGCCAACGGGGACUUCGACAUCAUCGUCCUCACCGAUGAGGAGGUGGCGCAGGUGGACAAGAGCGUGCAGCGCACGGGCCUGUCUGUGUACCACGAGGCCUUCCUGCAGCAGGUGCCGAGCUACGCACACGUCCACUGGGCCCUCCCAGACUGCGGGCCCCCCACGGGGCCCCCCGAGUCACCCCCCGCCACGCCGGGACCCUCGGCUGCCGCCACGUGGCCUCCCUCGUUGCCCACCUCCCCCACCGUGCUGGCCGACAAGAUGAGGAAAGCCAAGAAGGUCUACUGCUACAUCUCGCCCAAGCAACUCACCAUCAAAGAGUACUACCUGCGGAUCAUUCCCUGGAGGCUGCUCACCUUCCGGGUGUGCCCGGGCACCAAGUUCCACUACUAUGGCCGUGACGCCGCCACGGGUCUGCCGACGCUGGUGAUCGACGACGGCACCCAGCCGCCCGCCGAGUUGGUGCUGCGCGACCGCAACGUCCUCGCCGCCACCUUCACGCGCUUCCUGCUGCGCAGCAUCGGCGGCUCGGAGACGUGCCAGGACAAGAUGGUCUUCUUCCAGCGGGAGCUGCGGAAACUACACGCAAAGAAGCCUCGCAACAAAAUCUCGCUGCGAGUCUCGCGGCAAUGCCUGCUGGACAGCUCUGUAAAAGCAGUACGCAACUUCUCCUCGAACGACUGGUUCAGAAGUUUCGAGGUCACCUUUGAGAACGAGGAGGCCCUGGACCGUGGCGGGCCACGCCGCGAGUGGUUCGAGCUCAUGUGCAAGGCCCUCUUCGAGCCUGCGAACAAGCUGUUCACGCACUUCGUCGACGACAACCAGGCGCUGGUGCAUCCGAACCCACACAGGCCGCACCACAUGCGCCUGCGUCUGUACGAGCUGGCGGGCCGCCUCGUCGGGAAGUGUCUCUUCGAGACGUCGCUGGGUGACACUUACAGGCAGCUGGUGCGAGCGCGGUUUACCCGCUCCUUCCUCGCGCAGCUCAUCGGCCUCCGCAUGCACUACCGGUAUUUCGAAACGGACGACCCCGAAUUCUACAAGACGAAGGUGAGCUUCGUGCUCAACAACGACGUGUCGGAGAUGGAUCUCACCCUCUCGGAGGAGGUGUAUGAUGAGCAGGGCAAGUGUGUGCAGUUGGUGGACCUGGUGCCGGGAGGGUCGGGGAUCGGCGUCACCAACGCCAACAAGCUGGCGUAUCUCAACGUACUGGCGCAGUACCGGCUCGCCACGCAGGUCCGCACAGAGGUGGAGCACUUUCUCAAAGGACUGAAUGAGAUGGUUCCAGAAAACCUCUUGGCCAUCUUUGAUGAAAACGAACUGGAGAUGCUCAUGUGCGGCACGGAGGACAUCAGCGUUGACGACUUCAAAGCCAACGCCGUGCUUGUCGGAGCCUCCUGGCAUUUCCGCAAGAAGGUGAUUUUGUGGUUCUGGGCCGUGGUGUCGAGCUUCACGCAGGAGGAGCUUGCUCGCCUGCUGCAGUUCUCCACGGGGUCGUCCUUGCUGCCCACGGGGGGGUUCGCUGCCCUCUCGCCGCCCUUCCAGAUCGUGAGCUCGCCCAAGCACGGAACGCUGCCCACCGCCCACACCUGCUUCAAUCAGCUCUGCCUGCCCACCUACGACUCUUGUGAAGAGCUGCACAAGAUGCUGCGCUACGCCAUUACGGAGGGCAGCGAGGGCUUCGGGCUGCUCUGACCAGACCCCCCCCCCUACUCUGCCCUGCCCUGUGCUAGCCUUCCCUACUGACCUCGUCGAGCCACUGCCCAAUCGCAUCUCUGCCUCAACCUUCAACCGAUCCAGCCCUGGGCCUGUCAUAACGAAUGGCAGCGUUGCUCUGCAAGUUUUGCUCCGCACGGCCGAAAAGGUUGGCCGGCGUGCGCGAUGGCGUGGCCACUCGCCGGGAAAGCAACGGCUGCCACCCGCGAACUCUGUGGCGUCCUGCUUCGUCUUCCGCAGCUGCUCUCCGACAUCCGCAGCUUGGGGCUUGUGUGGCGCACGUAGCACUCAGCACUACCUCGCCUCCCUUCCUCAUGCCGCCGCCGGCCAACUGGGAUUGUGUUCAGUCGCGAUGAGGAAUUUCGCAACAUAUAUGCAAGCGUGGUGCGGGUGUCUUGUCAGACGCGUGGCAAUUGGCAAACAAAAUGGCCAUCGUUCGAGGCACACUCUUAGAAACGACCGAAGACAUUUGCGUGCAGCGCUCGUCUCCCCGUCGGUAUAAGCGGUCGCCGUCAAUUUUUUUUAUCAUUGCCUGUGCGACGUCUUCCUUCAUGCUCCUCCACCAAAUUCGACGACUCUCGCGGAAUGAACUCAAGUUUGCUUACAAUGAACGGAUGGACGAGCGAACAGCGUCUCUCUCCCGCGCUGCCCGUCUUUUACUCGGCGCGUGCGAUCACGUCAUUCGUGGGGGGGGGGGGGGGGGGG